CAGAGACAUCGAUGUGGUUACAAGGUAUUGGCGAAGCUGCCAUCAGGCACAACAAUGCUGAGAAAACAAAGGGCAACUGUUGUUUUUAUGUUGCGGUAGUGGAUGGAACCAAUCGAUGAAACCAAACACAUUCUAUUUGUACCUCUCCCUGAAAGCAAUCGCAUCUUCCUUACACUAUCUCUUCUCCACAUUGCAUUGCACUGCACUCGUGCUUCUCUGUGGUCUUGCUAGCCCUUGGUGCUCCAAUGGCCGCAGUGGUGGCCACCAUGGUGGUUGGACCACUAGUCAAAAUCGUGAUGGAGAAGGUGUCCAACUACCUCCUCGACCAGUACAAGGUGAUGAAGGGCAUGGAGGAGCAACAUGAGAUUCUGAAGCGCAAACUGCCCGCCAUCCUGGACAUCAUCACCGACGCUGAGCAGGCGGCAACCCACAGAGAAGGCGUAGCAGCCUGGCUCGAGGCCAUCAAGAAGGUGGCCUACCAGGCGAGUGAAGUCUUUGAUGAGUUCAAGUACGAGGCGCUUCGUCGUCAAGCAAAAAAGAAGGGGCACUACAAGGAGCUUGGCUUCCAUGUGAUUGUGCACACCAUCAAGGUCUUGGUGACCGAAAUGAAUGCCUUUGGCUUUAAGUAUCAGCAACAACCACCGGUAUCCAGUCAGUUGCGGCGGAAGGGUCCUGCUAACACUGACCCAAAGGAAAUCAUGGAAAUCAUCAGAAAAUCCAGAGCCAAUGAUAAGAGUGCGAUUGUUAGUAGACUAGUUGGGCAAGCUAAAAAUGCAGAUCUUACAGUUGUUCCCAUCGUUGGAAUGGGGGGACUCGGGAAGACCACGUUAGCGCAACUUGUUUACAAAGAAUCUAUAAUUCAGGAGCAUUUUGGUUUGUUGAUAUGGGUGUGUGCCUCUGAGUGCUAUGAUGUGGAUUCUCUGGCUAAACGUAUAGUUGAAGCAGCUCCUGAGAAGAAGGAUGGUGCUACAAAAGCAGUUUUUGAGAAGGAGAAGGAUGGUAGAAAAACAUCUGCUUUCAAGAACAAGGAUGAUGGUACAGAAGCAACUGCCAUGUCAAGGAAGACACUACUUGAUAACCUUCAGAAUGUUGUGAGUGGGCAAAAGUACCUCCUUGUAUUGGAUGAUGUCUGGGAACGGCAAGUUCAUAUUUGGCAUGAGCUCAAGGCCUUCCUUCAACAUGGUGAGAGGGUUUCGGUAAUGAAAAAUGAAUGUGCCUUGGCAACUGAGGAACCAGACAAGAUUGAAUCUGUUGUCACAACUGAGGAACCAAGUCAGAGUGAGUGGCUUCCAAACACAGCUCGCCAUUUAUUUUUGUCAUGCAAGGACCCCGGAAAAAAAUUAAAUAUAUCUCUAGAGAGCAGCUUUCCAGCCAUCCAAACACUUUUGUGUGAUAGCUCUAUGAGUAGUUCAUUGCAACAUCUAUCAAAAUACAGUUCUUUGCAAGCAUUACAACUCUGCUCAGCUAGAAGAACAUUUUUGCUGAAACCAAAAUAUCUACAUCACCUGAGGUACCUAGAUCUCUCAAGAAGUAGAUUUAUCAAAGCACUUCCUGAAGAUAUAAGCAUUCUAUACAACCUUCAAACGCUCAACCUCUCUGGUUGCACAUCUCUUUGUGAACUUCCAAGACAAAUGAAGUACAUGACCGCCUUGCGUCACCUUUACACUCAUGGUUGUCCAGAGCUGAAGAGCAUGCCAAGAGACCUCCGAAAACUCACAUCCCUGCAGACACUUACAUGCUUUGUAGCAGGUAGUGACCCUAAUUGUAGUAAUGUUGGAGAGCUCGGAAAUUUGAACCUUGGAGGUCAACUAGAGCUACGUAAUCUGGCAAAUGUGACAGAAGUGGAUGCAAGAGCAGCAAACCUCGUGAACAAGGAGCUAAGAAGAUUGACACUAACAUGGACCUUUAGAUGGAAUUAUUUUGGAGAUCAAAAUUGUUGGCGGGAUGAUAAAGAGGAUGCAAGAGUGCUUCAGAAUCUCAAACCGCAUGACGGACUACAUGCCAUACUGAUAAACUCCUAUGGAGCCACCACCUUCCCGACAUGGAUGGCUAUGUUGCAAAACAUUGUUCAGAUCCAUCUUUUCAGUUGUAGAAAACUAGUAUGGUUGUUCAGCGGUGAGUGUGAUACAUCUUUUGCAUUUCCAAAUCUGAAGGAGCUUAUGCUAAAAGAUCUUGUUUGUUUGAAGAGAUGGUGGGAAAUAGAUAAUGAUGGGAUGCAAGGAGCGGCGUUGAUGUUUCCUCUACUUGAGAAGCUGCAUAUUAGCAACUGUGUAAAGUUGAAAGCAUUGCCAGGACAUCUGACCUUCCCUAAGCUCCAGAAUGUUUGUAUCCAGAGAUGCCCAAAGUUGACAACUACAGCUAAAUCACCAAAGCUUAGCGUAUUGAACAUGGAAGGACAUGAGGCAGAGUUGUUCUUGUGGGUAGCGAGACAUAUGACUUCAUUGACCAAUCUGGAGCUGACUAGCAUUGAACAUAGUACAGAUACAACCUCAAUGGGGGCUGAGAAUAGUUUGAGGGAAUUGGUAAACGUCAAGGAGAAUGGGAAUGCUCAAGACUUUCCUCUAGAAGUUUUGGUGUUGCGUGACUUUAAGCCAGGUGUAACAGAGCUGUGUGCAUGCUUUGUACACCUUCAAGAUUUGUCAGUUGUGAGGUGCCAUGAGCUCAUCCACUGGCCAGAAACAUUGUUCCAAGGAUUGGUAUCCUUGAGGAAACUUCUGAUUGGGUGGUGCGCUAAUUUGACUGGAUAUGCACAACCUUCUUAUGAGCCAUCAACAUCAUCAGAAACCAGUCAGCUCCUGCCACGUCUAGAGUCUCUGACGAUAAGGAGUUGUAAAAACAUGGUUGAGCUCUUCAACGUCCCUGCAUCACUCAGGAAAAUGUACAUUUAUGAUUGCAGUAAGCUUGAGUCCAUAUAUGGCAGGAAGCUGCAGCAGGGACAGUCAAUAUCAUUCAUUCGUCAAGGGUCAUCCAGUAUAGAAAAAUUAUCAUUAUACUACUGUGAUGGCUUAACAGGGGCCCUCUAUGUUCCCCCGUCCCUCAAGAUACUCAAAAUUGAUAAUUGCGAUGGGUUGGCAUCUCUGGAAUACCGCUAUCCCGAGUUCCAUUCCUUGGAGUUACUCGAGCUUAAGGAGUGCAAGACCCUGGAAUCCCUACCGGAACGAGCAUACUCAUCUCUUCGGUUUCUUGCCAUUAGAGACUGCCCUGGUCUGAAGACGCUGCCUGCAAGCCUGCAGCAACGCCUUGGCAGCAUCCAGGAGGAACACGUAGAAGCCCGUCUUUAUAGAAGUAAACCUAUGCUGCUGAAGCCCAAGACAUGA